AAAAAAUGGAAGAUUCAACAAUCAACCAACAGACAAUAAUGAAACAGACAAGAGAGUCAGCAGCAGGAGCUGCAACAACAACAGCACCCUCAACCCGCAGCGCAGGAGGUGAAGCCGCAGCGCAAGGAACGGCUGCUGGAACACGACGACGCCUCUACCGCGGAAAAUGUCCGCGCGGCGGGAGGGGCGGCGGCAGAAGCGCGGGCAGGGGCGGCGAGAGGGCAGACGAUAGUUGCCCAUCAUGGCACGAUGUGCCAAGCCAUUGCUUUCCAUCUAAUUCGGAGCAGCUCGAAAAAUGGAAAAACAUUAUUCCAUUUAGAAUGGAUGUGUCGAGUCUGAAAGAUUUUAAGAAACUCAGGAUUUGCUAUUUGCAUUUUGCUGAGGAUGAUUAUAAAUUGGGAUAUGCACAGCGAAAAUUAAAAGAUAACGUUGUUCCAUCGUUGAAUUUAAGUGGAUAUUCUGAAGAAAAUCCAAGUAUAAAUGCAUCAGUGCAUGAUGUGGCAUUAAAUAUACAUACACAACACAAUAUUAUGGAAGAUGUACAUGAGGAAAGGAAUGAUGAUGUCCUUACAGAAAAUAAGAAUAUCUCUUAUGAAGCUAGAAGGCGAAGCAUGAAUACAAAUACCCAUAUAAUUUAUACAGAAGCGAUUAAAAAAGGCGAGAAAAAUGUAUUGCGUAGCAACAGGACAGUUUAAUUUCAUUUU